CUCGUGGAAUGACCAACGGAUCAGACCCCGGCCAAGUGUUAUAAUUUUUUGGUUUAAAUUUUUUUCUGUUUUUUUUUUUGAUUUUUUUUUUUGAAAUCUCGUAUUGUGAAAAUCCUGUUCAAAACAAAGAAGAAGGAUGCGGUCGCGGGAAACCUAUUCUCGGAUAACACUCUUUUGUGGGAUUGUUUUUUGUUUAAUUGCUCUAAAUGGAUUAAAUGCAGAAAAAUGUAAAGCAGGAUGCCCACAAUCUGAUAACGGCCUUUUAAAGUAUUCACAAGGCAACGUUUAUGCAUACAGUGUUGAAAGUUUAAUGACUGUAGGUACCGAUGCCAAUGAUGCCGAAGAAAUUGCUCUCAAAUUAUCCGGACAAGCUAAAGUAUAUGCCGAUGGUAAUUGCGGCUACACUUUGCAAAUGGAUAGAAUUUCUGUAAGUGCUGUCAAAGAAUCCAUCGAGAAACAAAUAACCCAGAAUUUAAAUAAACCAAUAAAAUUCACCAUGGUGAGUGGAGAAUUGCAACCAGAAAUUUGUGCCGAAAGUAGCGAUAGCGCUGCUUCGUUGAACAUUAAACGUGGUAUUAUUUCUCUGUUGCAAGCAGCUGAAAAGUCUCAUGAAACUGAUGUUUUUGGUGUGUGUCCAACAUUGACAUCAGUCUCAGGUGAUAUAAUUACAAAAGUACGUAAUUUGAAUGCCUGCAGUUAUCGGGAGCAAAUAUCCAAUGGUUUAAUCAAUGGUGUGGUUAAUAGCAAGGCUGGAAUUAAGUCAAGUGCUCUCUUGAAGGCUGAUUAUUCGAAAGAAUUGAAACUUAACAAGGGUAUUGCUGAAGAUGUACAUUUGGUUGAAGAAUACAAAUUUGCUCCAAUGUCAACUGGAGCCGGUAUUGCUAAGGCUAAGGUUAAGACAACCCUGCGAUUGCAAAACACUGGCAAGGCUGAUGCUCCACAAUGUAAUGGAGAGCCUACAUCGAUUGUUUUCGAAUUACCUUCUGCUCCAGUUUCCAAGAAUAUUGCGGCUUUGAAGAAAGUUUUCACCAAUACCGUUAAUUUGGUUAACGAACAUGUACAAGGUGAUGCUGCUCAGCAUUUCACAGAAUUAAUCCGUUUAAUGCGUUCAUCGGAUUUGGAUACACUCAUUGAACUCUCAGUAGUCCCACAUGUUAAUAAGAAUCUCGCCAGGAAGGUCUAUUUGGAUGCACUUUUCCGUGUAGGUACAUCAAACGCUGUCAAGGCAAUCAUUCGACAGAUUUCCAAGUUUUCAGAGACUGAAAAGAAAUUGGCAUUUAUGUCGCUGAAUUUGGUCCAAUCAAUUGAGAAGGACGCUCUCAAUCAAGCAGCUACACUUUUAAAUCCAAGUUCUCCAAAAGAGGCCUUUUUAGCUAUCGGUAAUCUCGUCAAUAAGUACUGCAAACAUGGAACUUGUGACCAGAGUGAUGUAAAUGUUGUCUCAAAGAAAUUUACUGACAGUCUAAAACACUGCAAAGCCAACACCAAAAAAGAUGAAGACCGAUAUGUUAAUAUCUUGAAAGGUAUUCGUAACACUCAUAAAAUUGCUGAUGCUUCAGCUCAAGUUUUGGCUGAAUGUGCUUCAGCCGAUCGAUCAGCUCGCCUUCGGGUUGCUGCUAUUCAAGCAUUUACAGCUGCUGCUUGUGAUGCUGGACUCCAAUCAGCCGCACUUGGCAUUUUGAAAGAUCGCAAUGAAGAUUCUGAAAUUCGUAUUGAAGCUUAUCUAGCAGCUAUUGCUUGUCCAAAUGCCCAACUUGCCAAUGAAAUUUCUGAAAUUGUUAAUAGCGAACCUGUUUAUCAGGUCGGUGGAUUUAUUGCAUCCAGUUUAAAGGCUAUUCGAGACUCAACUGAUCCCACUCGUGAAGCAGCUCGUCAUUUCCUCGGAAAUGUCCGCGUAACCAAAAAAUUCCCUAUCGAUGCCAACCGUUAUUCAUUCAAUAGUGAGCUCUCAUACGCCAUUGAUUCUUUGGGACUUGGUGCUAGUGCUGAUUAUUCUUUGAUCUAUUCUCAAAAGGGAUUCUUGCCACGUUCAGCCCGCCUCAAUUUAACAUCAGAAAUUUUCGGAACCAAUUUCAAUGUUCUAGAGAUCAAUGCUCGCCAAGAAAAUCUCGAAGAGCUAUGGGGACACUAUUUUGGACCAAAGGGAGCUUUGAGAACUGAUGGCCGUAACAUUCUCAGCAACUUGAUAAACAAGUCACGAACAAAGCGUUCCAUUGUCGAUGAUGCCGAUAAAUUAUCGAAAAAAUACAAAACAUAUGGAAGCAAACCAACCAAGGACAUUAACUUGGAUCUAGCCGUACGUCUUUUUGGAUCUGAAAUGUUUUUCCUCAGUUUGGCUGAUGACCUACCACAAACUGUUGAAGAAAUUAUGGGCAAAUUCUCUGAAUCAUAUGACAGUAUUAAGAACAGCUUGAAAAAUUUCGAACACGAAUACGCCUGUCAUUCGCUUUUCCUUGACACCGAAUUUGUCUAUCCCACUGGUAUGGGUAUUCCAUUGGAACUUUCUGCUCAGGGAACAUCAGCCUCCAAAUUGAACAUUGCCACUGAAAUUGAUUUAGAAGCUAUUAUUGCUAAUCCACAAAAGAGCAAAUAUCGUGUCAAAUUUGUACCUAGCGUUGAUGUGAACAUCAACGGACAGUUCCGAUUCAAUGCUUUGGUAUUGACAGCAGGACUCCGAACAUCAAGUAGCUUGCACUCUUCUAUUGGAGAUGAUGAAACCUUCGAAGUAACCAACGGUGGUUAUGGAUUCAAUCUGGAUAUUGUUUUCCCACGUGAAAGUCUUGAAUUGAUUGAUGUUAAGCACAAUGUUGACUUCAUUAUUGCCGAACAAGAUAAGGAAACUAAAGUUGUGCCAUUGAAACAAAAGAAGAAGAAGAACGCUCCCGAAGAGAAUUGUUUCGAUCAAUUACAUUACAUUGGAAUGACUGUGUGCUUUACAUCUGUGCUUCCCGAUACUAGUGAUGCAGCAGAUUUAACUUUGUCACGACCAAUGCACAUUGCCCUUAGAUUGCAAACUGAGAAAAAAAUCAAUCUUAUUGGUUCAUAUGACAAAAAACCCGACUCAUUCCUCUGGAAAUUGAAGUACUCUACUCCUGGAUCUAAAGUUCCCCAUGACACUGAAUUGAAUCUUGAAGUAAUGGGCACUGCACCAAAGUCUUUUGUUCGUGGUUCAUUGGAACACCCUGAAAUCCGUUUGAGUGCCGAAGCUGGAAUUCUCAAUAAUGAUAAGGAAAUUUUCUUCUAUGGUCAGUAUGAUGUAAAUGGUGAGAAGACUGUAAACAAAGUCGGUCUAACUAAGAACGGCAACACAUAUCGUCCUCUCAUUGAAGUUCAAACAAACAAUGGUGUGAGCAAUGAAAUCAAUGGCAUGCGCGCCGAUGGUCGUAUUAUCAAACAAGAAAAUGGCAACAAUGUUCGUUUUACUUUUGAAAACCUCCAGGUGAUAAGCAAGGACAACGAUCGUACCAUACUUAAUGGUUGGGCUGAUUUGAAACCCUUCAAGACUGAACUUAAAAUUCGCCAUGGUAAAGAAGAGUACGAUAUCAAGUCUCACUUCUCGCUGGAAAAUGGUUAUUCUGCCGGUUUGUUUGUUAAAGAAAAGAACUCACCGCACAGCAAUGGUGCCAGUAUUGACUUGCAACUCUCCCCCAACUCAUUUAAUGAUGCUAUUGUUGUGGCACUUGGGGAUUUCAACUUUGAAAUGAAGAAUGAAUUCGACUACACUCGCAAGGAAAACAAAGAACUUAAGGAAACCAAAUUCAAGAAUGAACUUAAACUUAAACAAGGUAAUUCUGUAAUUCUUCAGGGAACCCUCAAUGGUGAAGCUGGCCCAAAACUCGUACAGUUCAAAAUUGAAGCUGCCAAAGAGGCAAAGAAGGCUGCACUUGAUUUCAAUUUCGCACAAGAUCAACGCGCCCCUGGCGACUAUAGUUUAAGCGUGAAUGCAAAACUUAACCAACACUAUGUCGACAUUAAAUCGAAUGUUGAUAUUAAGGGACCACACUAUGUCACCGAUAACAGUUUACACACCAGCUGGGGAACUCAGCUAACAGCCAAAGGUGAAGUAGGUCAACGAAUGACCUCCCAAGAUAUGUUCAUUGAUCUCCAAGGUACAUUCGUUCUAACUCCAAAAGACAAACAAGGAAACUGGUUGUUAAAAUUAAUUGGCACACCCGAUAAGACCAAUUGUGACUUUAAACUUAGCCGUGAUAAUGCUGAACUAAUUGUUUUCACUGGUGAAAAGACACAUCCCCAGGAUAAGAUAUCAAAUGGAAAACUAAAUCUACAGAUUAAAGAUCAACUUACUGCUAAGGCUGAUUUCAAAAUCAAUAAGGGUGGCAAAGGUGAUUUAACUGCCGUUGUAAAUUUGAAAAAGGCCCAGAGAAAGCUAACUAUUGAUUCCAAAUUCAACAUUGCUGCACCUAAAUACGAUGUCGAAACAACUAUUGGCUAUGAUAACGAUAAGAAGAUCUACAUCAAGACUGAGAAUGUUAUGGACAAGUCAAAGACCUCAACUAAAACCGUACUCGACAUCCAUGGUGAUAAGUAUUUGCUUGAAGGAAAUGCUGCCAUGAAAGGUGAAUUGGGAUCGAAUGGAGAAGUCGAUGCUAAACUUAGUCUCACCAUGCCAAAUGGUCGCCAAUUCGAUGGUCAGUUAGCCCGUAAAAUUGCUACAGCAAAAACUGGUAUUUCACAUGGAUCGAUGAGUGCUUCAAUUGGUGAUAAAUUGCCAAACAAUGAACGUCGCUCAAUUGAGUUAAUUGGAUCAGUAGAGAAAUUGAAUAUGAAAACAAACGAAGGUAUUGGCAGUAACAAACUUGUUUACACUAAUUUUGCCGGAAAGAAACUCGAAGCAGUACAGAAUAUCAAACAUUUACUCAAAGGUAAUUUCAAAACCCUUGAUUAUAGCUUGGACCUUAAUGGUGAGCUUCUUCAAUCGCCAAUUCAAUUGUCUCUGAUUGUCGACGAGUACUGUCCCAAACAUGCUAUUUUCCGCCUUACUGGUAAAUAUGGUGCUCAAAUCAAUGUCAAUUUGAAUGGAAAUUACGAUUUGGGAGAUCGUGCCAAGCCAGCCACUUAUGAACUUCAAGUCAAUGUUGCGGCUCCUCAAACUAACUUAAAGGCAUACAGUCUAACCACUAGCGGCAAAUACCUUCGUCCUGAAACUGAAAACGGUGUUCGUUCGGUUGAAAUUCAUUUCGAUCAGCGUGCUAGCGAUAAGUCAAUUAAACUCAACUCAUUUGUUCGAGGAAACAAUAAUCAUGGCAGCUGCAGUUUUGAUCUCACAAGUAGUCAUUUAGAAGCCCCAUUGAAACUAGAUGGUAGUUUUAGCAUUGAACCUCAGACCGCUGAAGGAACUGGAAAAUCUAAAUACAACUUUAAUUAUAAUUACGGCCAAAAAUACAUAAAAACUGGCUUGGACGUGAGUAAUGUUGAAUCUAAAUCAGCAACUCUGCACUAUGUUCUCGACUCAUCUAUUGCAUCUAAAACUAAUUUGGAUUGUGUAGUUCGUAUAGCUAAAGGCGACGAUUCAGUUCAAGUGAACUAUGAUCUACAGCUCAAUGGAGAAAAGUACAGUACGGAAGGCGAGGUUUUCACAAACGAACAUAAGAAAGGAGUUGCAAUUAAAGCUAUUCUGCCCAAACAGACAACAUCAUUUACGGCAAUUGUCGAAAAACUUGGCGAACGCAAGGGAAAACUUAUUAUUAAGAUUGAUAACCUUGGUGAUCUAGAUUUUGAACAUAAUAAUGAAGUGAACUUGAAUGCUAUUGAUAAUUUCUACAUUAGUUCGCAUACCAAUUCAAAGAAAUUGAAAAUUGAAAAUUUGGAUAUGGACAUCCGAGCUCAAGCUAACUCAGGUGGAAAGGGUGUAGAGAUAAAUGUCAAAAAUGCAAAGGGUGUAAUUCUAGCGGGAUCUGCAACGUACAUUAUUAAACAUGAAAAAACAAAGACCAUUGUUGAGGGCCAAGGACAAGUACAGUAUUAUCAAAAGACUAACAAUGCCAACUUCAAGAUAAUCCAUGAAUUAUAUGAUAUUGCAACUGACAAAGAAGUCGGUAGCUCAUUGACAUUCAAUGGUACUUUUGGUCCAAAGAAUGCCGUAUCGACUUUGAAAAUGACCAACAAGAACUUCCAAGCUAAAUUAUCGGUAUGUGAAGAGAAGAAACAAUGCACCAAUGUUGAGGUUCGUUCAAUUAUUACAGUCGAUCCUAAUGAUGUAACUUCCAUUCAACACGAUCUAAUGGUAUUGAUUGAUUUGCGCGAAUUGGGAUAUCCUCAUGAAUUUGAAUUGCAAUCAAAGAGCAGUCGAAAGGGCCUUAAAUUCAAUCAUGAAAUCGAAAGCAACAUCAUCUCAAAUAGUAAUAUUAAAUAUCAAUUGGUGGCUAGUAUGACUCCAACAUUGAACAAAGUUCAAGUUAAGCUACCAUCACGUGAGAUUUUCAUUGAAACCGAACAAGUUUUGCCCCAAAAUAUCUUUGGACACUAUCAAAGCUCAGCUACUUUCUAUUUCGAUCGUCAAAAUAAACCCAACGAUGUUACUAAGCUUAUUGCCAGUGCUGAUAUCAGUGGUGUCGAAAAGGUUGCAAUCAAUGCUAAAGGAGAAAUUCGUUUGGAAAAUCCACACAUCAGAGCUCUAUCGAUAAGUGGUCUGGUUGAUGCCAACUAUGACCAGCGUACACUCAACAGUGAAAUUAAAUGUGAUAUUUUCAAGACACCAGAACAAAAGAUCAUUGUCAGCAGUAAUAUUAGAGACAUAAAUCCUGAUAAGGGACAUGGCUUCAAUAUCACAACAGAAAAUGUUAUCAAGAGUGCAGGUCUUGGCUUCCAGUAUGAAGCAAGUGGUCAUUCAGCUUUGUCCAUGGAUAAACUUGAAUUCAGCUCUGGAUACAAUGUACAAAGUGGCGUUGCAGAUAUUAAGUCAAGUGGUUUGAUUUUCGGUAGCAAGGAUCGUGUUGAGAUUAUUUUAACUGGCAUGAAUGAACAAUUAUUGAAUCUAUUAGCAGAGUUCAAUGGUAACAAGCAUUCAGCGAAAAUUAACGCCAAUGUGCAAGUGUUCUCAUUGAAACCUUUGAGUUUGGCUGCUGAAUUAGAACAAAGUAGCGCCAAGGUAUCUCUGAAACGAGCUGGACUCAUUGAUGCAUCAGCUGAGAUCAAAUUGGGCAAGGAAGCCAAGUUUGUUGCCAAUAAUGGUAACAAGAAACUUUUAACUGGACGUGUGGCUCUUGAUUCUGCUCAUUUCUUGGCUUCAUCAUUUGAAAGUAACGAAGAUGACGUUAAGGCAUUCUUGAAAUCCGUCGAAUCAGUAGUUGCUGAGGACACUAAAGCCGCUAAGGAACAACUCCAGAAACGUUUCGAAAAGAUCCGUGAAGCUAUUGAUCAUCAAACAGAAUUACUCAAAAACAGUGUUCCCGAUUUUACUGCUUUGCAAGCAAGCUUAGAAGACAACCUAAACGCUAUUUUGAAGGAUCUCGAAAAUGAUCCCGCUAUUCAACAGAUCAUUGAAAACUAUCGCAAAUACUACGACACCGCAAUGAAAUUGUACAAAGACAUGUCAAAAACUAUUUUAGAAGCCUAUAAACAAAUUCAUAGUUCAAUCAAGGAAAUAGUAUCGAAAAUCCAAACAGUUGUAAAGGAUACCAUAUUGCCAAUUUGGGAAGAAUUUGCCAAGAAAAUAACUGCACUAUUGGGUGAUUUGCAAGUAGAAACUGUCAAACUUAUUACCAGCCAACUGGAACAGGCACUUAAGAGUUUGAAAUCAAUUGAGGUUGAUUUGAAGGCUUUAGGUAAAUCACUUUAUGAAACAAUUAAGCCAAUUGCUGAUAGCCUUCAAGAACUCCUGCAAACAAUGUCCAAGGACAUCGAUGAAUUAGUCAAAGACUUGAAGGAAUACUGGAGCAAAUUACCAACUUUCGAUGCUAUUCGCGAUGAGAUCAAGAAGAAAUUAGCCGAAAUGAAGACUGUCGAUGAAAUUCUCAACUUCUUGCGCAACAUUAUUGAUCAAUUGAAUAGUUUCUCAGCUACCAAUGAAUCAACUGAAUUGGCCAAGAAACUUUACGAUUACAUUGAAGCCAAAUUGCGUGGUACCAAAGUAAAUGAUAUCGAAGCUCUUGAAGGCAUUGUAAAUGCAAUUUUCAAUGCAUUGAACUCUGUUUGGAAGCGCUGGACAGAUUUGAAAGCACCUUCAUCUGCAAGCUUGUUAACUCCUGUACCAUUUUCACUAGAUUUCCUACGUAAUCUACCCACAUGGAUCUCGUUCCGAUUGAGUUUGCUUAAUUUCUUGAUGAAUGAAAAAUUAGAUUUAGUUGCUGAUUUAGCUGCGUUAUUGAAACCACCAUUUGAUUUGGGAGCACCGUUCGUAUUGACUGGUCAUAUUGCCGAUGGCAAGAACAUAUUUACUUUCGAUGGACGCCAAUUAGCUUUCCAAGGUUCAUGCAAAUAUGUGAUUGCCCAAGAUGCCGACAAUAAUGACUUUAGCCUUAUUGGACAGUUUAAGGAUGGAAAACUCAAAUCAUUGACAUUGAUUGAUUCAAAGAAUUUCAUUGAGAUUUCUGAUAAUGGAGCACUCAAAUUCAACGGUAAGCCAGCAGAAUAUCCAGUGCAUUCAGCAAAUGCUCAUGCUUGGAGAAAAUUCUACACUCUUCGAAUGAGAAAUGAAAAUGGUGUCGAGGUUAUUUGUACGUCCGAUUUGAAGGUUUGCCAUGUGUCAGUCGAUGGCUUCUACACAAGCAGGAUGCGUGGUUUGUUAGGAAAUGGUAAUGCUGAACCCUACGACGAUUUCAUUAAUGUUGAGGGUAAAAUUGCUGCUACUCGUGCAGAAUUUGUCAAUGACUAUGGAUUAGGCAACUGCCCAGCAGCAUCGGCUCCAGAGGUAUCUAACUUGGAACACGACUCGGUUUGCUCAGAGCUUUUCGCCUACGACUCUACACUAGUUUUGGGCUAUUUGUUUAUGGAUCACGCACCAUUCCGUCAAGCUUGUGAUGAAGCUGUGCUAGCUAGCCCAGAUAAUAAGGAAGAAGCAGCUUGCAAUAUUGCUAUGACUUAUGCCUCUGCAGCUAGUUUGGAAGACAUUCCAAUUGCAGUGCCCGAUCGAUGCCUAAAAUGCACUGGUCCAGCUGGCCAACGUGACAUUAAUGAUGAAUUCACAUCUAAGGUGCCAACAAACAAAGCCGAUAUUGUCUUUGUUGUGGAUAUGGGCUCAAGCAAGAAUAUCAUUGAUAACUUAGUUACUCCAGCAAUUUCGGAAAUUCGUAAUCAAUUGAAAUUACGUGGAAUGACUGAUGCCAAUAUUGUUGUAAUUGCAUUUAGUGAUGAUCAGUUAUAUCCAGCUUUGUUGACUAGCAAUGGUGGUAAAAUAAAUUUCAAUGGCAAGCUCAAUUCAGUGGCUCUAAAUGGGCCAAGCCGACCAGAACCACUCGAUGUUGGUGUUGGAGUUGUAAAUGAUAUUUUGAAAUGGCUUGAGAAAUUCCAGCAUGAAAUUCAAGAACAAUCUGAUGAAGCGGCAUUUGGCCUUGCUAUGCAAUAUCCCUUCCGUUCUGGAUCAGCCAAGGCUAUUGUUGCUGUCCGAAGUGACCAACUGGAAUAUUCCAAUGUUUUCAAAUUCUUCAGGUCCCAUUUGAUGGCUGCCUUGACAGAAUUCCAAGGGGCAUCUCUACAUUUGGUCGCGCCAGUUAAGGACAUAUCUGUUGAAGGUGUGCCUUCAGAAAAACUUGUCGGAUUUAAUUCACGCAUAGUUGCGACAACCGAAGGAAAAGACGCCAAGAAACGCCAAAAACUUAAGUUCAAGCAAGAUAUGGGUGUUGAUUUUGUCCUUCAGAACAACGGUUGGGUAUUUGCUGCCCAGAACUUUGAUGCAAUCACUGCUGACGAUCAAAAGAAGGCCUAUCUUAACCAAGUCACAAGCUCUAUUGCUGAUACUCUCUUCAAAACUGAAAUUGUGAGCGAGUGCAAAUGCAUGAAAUCACGCGGAUUACAUGCUGAACACAAAUGCAAAAUUGUUUCAUCCAACUUUAUGCCUAACAAAAGACCAAAAGGAGCGUAAUCAUGGCAAAAACACAAUAAAAACAAACAAACAAAUCAACAGUAAGAAUUUGCUGAUUGAUUAAAGUUAAAUCUUAUGUACAGACAAAUAAAUAAAUAUUCUCCAACUGAUAUUUAAUAAUAAAGUAAAAA